GAAAUAAACUAGAAUAAUACAGUUUACGUGUCUUAGUUCCUUUAUAGUGGUAGAUCUUUAGACAACUAAAACAUUGUCGAAUAUGGUAAUUAUAUUUAUAUUGUUCGUGCAGUAGGGGACGCUGUUGUGGGAGACUGCUAGUUAACAUGUCAACGGAACGGAAGAACAAGUUGAAGUCAUUUGAGAAACAUGGCGGCCCGCACACGGCUGCCCUUGCUGUUCCCUAAAAACUUGCCUCCGUUUAGAAACCAAAAGCUUGUCCACAGCGAGGCUGCGGUCAAGGAUCCCGCGUACCCCCCUAUCGUCCCCUCUCUCACGGCUAAAAGCAAAUCUGCCCUGCGGCGUCAGGUCGAGGAACAGGUACAAAAGAUAUGUGCCUCUUCCGUGGAGGAGAAGCUCUCCCUCAUCACUCGUAUCCAGCGGGAGAAAUUUGUGGUUUACCCUCAGACUUUCGCUCGGAACGCAGACAAAUGGUACCAGCACUUUACCAAGACCGCAUAUAUCCCGGGCCUGCCCGAGAAAUUCACCCUGGGCCAGGAGAAGACCGAGGGGGAGGACAGCUCGCCGCCACCCGCAGCUCAAAUCACAGUACCGGGGAUUGAAAGUGAUGCGUUCGCGGACAUCCGCUCCUUGGUCAGUCGUGUGAUUUUACAGGAGCACUGGUACAUGAAGAAACGCAAACCUUUCCUGUACAGAGAGCAGGAGCAGAUGGUUGGACCUUUUCUGAGAAACCUUGUGACUGGACUCACCUACAGUCUGGCCAAAUACAAUCCACUGCUCCUCCUCUCCAGUCUAGAUAUUAAUCCCCAGGUAAACUUUUAUUGGAGGAGAGGACAGAGAAUCAUCCCAAAGGGGCACCGGAGAGGCCGGCUAGAGCCAACCAGGUUCCAGAUUGAUGACCUCCCCCACAGUCAGAUUAGGAUUACUCAGCAACUGCCACAGUUUACCCCGCUGGAGGCCUCCUACGCAGCUGAAGUACCAGAGGUCGCAUUUGCUCCCAACCUGAUGCCUCUGUUCAGAAGACAGUAUGACAACAAUAUCUUUACAGGUGCCAAGCUACCAGACCCAGCAUGCUACGGUCACACUCAGUUCCACCUGGUGCCUGACCGAUACCACAGAGACCGGAUGGCUCGACGGCAGCAGUCCGAUCAGGUGGAGGUCUUCCUCAGAGCCAAUGGACUCGCCAGCCUCUUCGCCUGGACAGGAGCUCAGGCCAUGUACCAGGGUUUCUGGAACCACGAGGAUGUCAACCGGCCUUUCGUGUCCCAGGCUGUGAUCACAGACGGCCAGUUCUUCUCCUUCUUCUGCUACCAGCUGAACACAGUGGCCCUCUCUGUGGAGACGGACACCGACAACCCCAGGAAAAACCUCCUGUGGGGCACAGAGAGCCUGCGACUGUACGAGAGUGUGCAGGAUGGAGAGGUUGUGGGUCUGAACGACGGUGUCGUCAAGCUUCUGGUUCAAUUUCUCAUGAACCAGCCGUAGAGCUCUUCGGGUUCCUGUCUGCCUUGGUAAACUGUCUUAGGGGAGAUUUCCUUGAGUCUAUGUUCUCCAAGCCAUUGGAAGAUGCAAGAAAUCAAGAGAAAGAGCUUUAAAGAGCCCAACAUGGCAGACAUGAGGAAGACUGUAUAAAAUGUAAUGUUCAAAAAAGCAGAAAAAUCUGUGUUAAGCUGUGUUAUGAGUUUGAAAACUGAACAAAGUACUGAAAAAACACUGCACACACAUCUCUGAUUAUUAUUGUGCAGAUUGUAUUUAUGCAAAACUAAAGUAAUACUUUUCAAAUUGA